CUUUCCUUGAGGAAAAUCAUUAACAUUACGGGAAAAUUAAUCCUUUGUUCAAUAGAUGACCGUCACUUCAAGUAGCAUUCGUGACUAAAAUUUACGUUACAAGAAUGUCACGAUCUAAUGCUGGUCACGAAAAGUUGAUCCAAACCUAAGAGGAUUGAAAGAAAUCAAACAGAAUUCUGCAGAAACCAAGUGCUAGCGUGUACGUUGGCGUUGAUGUUGUCAAUUCCUGUCAAUGUCAGUGUUGUUGGAGACAACAAAUCUCCCUAGUUCCGAGUUAACGGCUCCGUUACAUGCCAUGCGAGCUCGCGUUUCGGAAACGAAACGAACAGGAAAUCCACCUUGUUUAUCAAGAGCCGACAUGUAUUUCUCGAAAAGUCUGAGUAUUUGUCAAAAAGUCAAGGAAAUCCACAGGUACGUGAAGUGCAUUCAUCAUAUUUCCUGUUUUGCACCAAGGUCAUUGAUUGUUCGUAUUUACCCUGUGGGCUACGAGGCACUUCUUCAACACCUAACCAGUAUUCCUUCUGUCUGUUUACGAGGCGGUUUUUCGUGUUUGUUUGCCCUUUAAUCCCUGCUAAUUCCAUCGAAUCUCUUUUGCCCGGAAGAGCCAAGCCAAAAACAGGGUUAGCACGACAACACGACAUCAUUGUUUGCCGUUGACAAUCACACAGGACGGUAAAUUUAGGACCCUCGAAUGAGUGUUUAGUUACAUUUUAUCGUGAAACCGCAAGACUUAUCCCCGUACUUAAAACCUGGUUAUUAUCAAAUGCCAAGGAGACUAUUAACGACUUUGGGGACUGUCAAACGUUUCGUGCCAAGGGGAAACGCUACAAAAAUCCCAGACACGGUGGUCGGGAGACAGCGCGUGAUUAACGUCAUCCAACACAAGAAACCGACGAAAGAGCCAAUUGAGAAGCCCAGCGUUGUGUUCACGUUAACUGUGAAUCUGGUGUGAAGUCACCCCGAGUCAAUACCUGACAUAUUUAGUGAAAUGCGGCUUCGUCUAUAGACUUCUAUAAAGCGAAGGAUCGUUUUCCGACGGGCUCCAGUUCAAUUUCGUCGACUAAUGGCUAACGGUAUGACAAGAUUGAAUGUCCCGAUGCUAUUCCUGUGGUUUGUUCUCCUCUUUAAUGCAUAUCCAGCAAAAGCAGUGAGACCCGGGCAAUGCCCAGACUUUCCGCGCCAGCAGAACUGUCCCGGUUCUACUAUCGACCAGUGCAAGUACGACGAAGACUGCAAGGAGAACAACCAGCAGAAAUGCUGCAAGAUUGGGUGCAGAAGGAUUUGUUUUGAUCCCAGUAAUUUGGCAUUAGUCAGUGGUAACAGUGUGUGCCCAUCAUUACCGAGACCCGCUCCGUGCCCAAAUCAGCCGAACCAGUGUAUCAGCAAGACAGACUGCAGCACUGGACAAGAAUGUUGCUCUGACGGCUGUCGAAUGAUUUGUGUUGAACCUCUACUUGCUCCGCUCAAAACUGUUCCAAUAACGAAAGCGGUCAAAACUUUUCAAUGGAGAAGUUGCAAUACUACUGUGGACUUAGGCUUCAUCGUAGAUUCGUCCGGGAGCAUCGGCAGAAGGAAUUACGUUAAGGUCAAAAGCUUUGUGAAGUACCUCGCUAGAAGCUUUGGAAUUUCGCCAACAGGGAGCAGGGCUGGUAUCGUGCUCUACAGCAACAAGGCUUCAGUCAAAGCUCACUUUGGCCAGUAUGCAACCAUAGAAGAGUUUAAUAACUUGGUGGAAGGUCUACCGUACGAAAGAGGUCACACGUACAUUGAUAAAGCCCUUGAACUGGCAGCGUCGCAGCUUUUCCCACGCGCUCGAAAAGAUGUACCAAGAAUUGCAAUGUUGCUGACAGAUGGUGAGCAGACGGAUCCUGAUGGUACCGUCAACCUUAGGGCCGCCUCAGCGCCACUGAGGAGACAGGGAGUGCGACUGAUAGCGUUCGGUGUAGGGAAGAACAUCAAUGUACGAGAAUUGAGGUUGGCCGUGGAGCGAGACGAAGAUGUGGUUAGGGUCAUGAAGUUUGACGAUCUGACUAACAAAGUCAGGAAUUACUCAAAAAGUCUCUGUGAAGCUGCUGUGACGGAACCAAUUCAUCCUGAUGCUGAUAUCAUUUUCUUGGUUGAUACUUCGGCGGGCGUCUCCAGUGAGCAGUUUGACCUGCAGAAACAGUUCGUUCGUAGGAUGGCACGUUACUUCCUCAUCUCGCCACUCGGACCUCGUGCGGCUUUCGCUACUUAUGGUAGCUCGGCAUACACCGUAAUUGGUUUCUCUGGUUAUAGCAGCGACGCCGAGUUUAGCCUUAAGAUCAACACCGCUCGAUUUCUCGGUGGAACUCGAAGAAUCGACCAAGCGCUGGAUCAUGCCGCUGGGAUGUUCCAGAAAACCGGACGAGUCGGGUUAAGAAUUGUCAUUUUGUUGACCGCAGGAAAUUACUACACAGGUCCUGGUGCGAGUAGUGUGUCAUCCGCAAUGAUGCCAUUGCGCACUCUCGAUGCUCAUUUGUAUGUCAUUGGAAUUGGGUCUCAGUUUACUCCGUUGAUGUUCAAGCAAAUGGUUCGCGGGCCCAAAGACAUUUUCCAAGUGCCGUCCUUCAACGAGCUGACGUCUUGGCAGUCUUUGAUUGCGAGACAAUUGAGAUUGACUACAAAUGCUUUCAAGUAUGAACCAGCCUAUUUUCAUUCAGACGUGAUAUUUCUUAUGGACUCUUCAAGAUACGUGGGAGCAAACAACUACAUACUGGAAAAGAAUUUCGUCAAGUUGAUGGCUCGUCUCCUAAACCUCGCCAACAACAGAAGCCGCGCGGCUCUUUACACAUACAGCGACCGCCCUCAGCUUGAAAUCACAUUUGAUGGAUACGAAGAUCGUGCUGCAUUUGACUCUGCUGUAAAUAACGCGCCUCAUCUUCAAGGUUCCCGCCGCAUCGACAGAGCGUUUGCAUCUGCAGCCCAACUCUUGAGGACAAAAUCGAAGGAUUCUGUUCCCAAGUUUGUCGUUCUACUGACGUCUGGCAUGCAAACUCGCACAGCCGACACCCGCUCCCUAGAAGUCAGCUCGCAACAGGUUCGAUCUUACGGUGGUAGAGUAUUUGUUGUUGCCAUUCUCACUGGCGGAUAUUCAAUUCGCGACUUCUAUCCAGCUGUUCAAAGACCCAAUGACGCCUUUCCCAUUGCAUCCUAUGCUGAUCUACUUGCGCGCGCUCCGGCCAUCGCUUCCCGGAUAAUGGGAUCAUGGCGAGCUCCAAACGUCCCCAGCUAUGCUGCCGACAUCGCUUUUAUCUUGGACUCCUCUUCAACCGUAACUCCUUUCCAGUACUGGCGAGCAAAGCGCUUUGUCCGAAUCCUCUCGGAGUACCUAAAUGUUUCACCCGGCAAGUCGCGUGGGUCCUUGGUCACCUCCGGAGAGUCUCCUGUGGUGGUCUUCAACUUUGACGGAUACAAUUCACAUUCAGAAUUCAGAAAUAAAGUGACCAAUGCUCCGUAUUUGGGCGGUGAGCCUUCUAUCAGCAGCGCCUUAAGAGCAGCGGGAAGUCUAUUUUCUGACGCACGAGGUUUGCACCCUUGGGUGGCUAUUCUUGUGACGCCUUGGAGGCCGAAGGACAUACGGGACACUAGGAGUUUAGAAGCUGCUGCCCGUCCUUUGUUAAAUCGCGGGGUCUGGUUGUAUGUCUUAUCCAUCGGAGAGAACCCCUAUGUUGGCUGGCUGCGUCCAAUGAUUGUGGAACCAAGAGACGCCUUCUCGGUGGUUUCAUAUCGGGAUUUACCCGCGAGUAUCGGACCCGUGGCUAGAUAUAUAACGAGUGAUAAUUAUCUCUUUGGACACUCCACAUUCCAAUUGGACAUCUUGUUCUUGAUGGACACUUCAUCGGGCGUCGAUUUAAACGACCACAAAAUGGAGAAGGGGUUUGUCCAAAGAAUUGCACUGCACCUUGGUGUGUUCAACAGAAAAUCACGUGCGGCCCUCGUGGCUUAUGGUGCCAAUGCCUCAGUUGUGUUUGGCUUUGGUGGCUACAGUUCUAAUUCCGAGUUUCUUACGCGCAUAAACGACGCUCCAAGCAUUGGAGGCGAGCGUAGGGUCGACAGUGCUCUCGAUACUGCAGCUGCGUUGCUAUUAGAUUCACGAUCAGUCAUGCCAAAGGCAGUCUUCCUUCUAAUAGCGGGAAGACAGAGCAGCCUAGUAGAUUCCAUACCCAUUCAAGAUGCAGCUCGGCCACUUCAUCAGCUGGGAGCCUGGGUCUAUAUCAUGGCUAUUGGGCAAACGGACGUCAACGAAUUACAAAAAGCUACAAUAAGACCGACUGAUAUUUUCUUUGCGAGGUCUUUCUCGGGUCUUUUUGGAUACAUAGCGCCUGUGGCUGGAUACGUGGCGAACACCUCCGUCAUUACAGGUAUAUCAACUCUAAACGCAGACAUUGUGUUCGUUAUCGACUGUUCUUCAGAUGUACCUUACCGUGAAUACGGAACUCAGAAAGCCUUCGUCAGAUCACUGACAAAGUACUUGAACGUUCAACCUGGUCAGUCUCGUGUCGCCCUCGUACCGUAUGGAAGUCGGGCAAUGCCUGUCGUUCGGUUCGACAGUUCACGGACUAUCGUCCGAUUCUUUUCCGACCUGUCAAGGGCUCCAUACCUCGCAGGAGAACGAAGGGUCGACAUAGCGCUGGGAAUAGCCAUGCGUAUCUUUGGAAACGCGCGGGAAAAUGUACCUAAGGUCGUACUUCUGUUUAUAGCAGGAAAACAAUCGCGUGUUACAGGAGCCCUCCCCCUGCGAGACUCAGUUAGGCAGCUUCACCAACAAGGGGUUGGAACUUUCAUUUUCCGGAUUGGAUCCCAACCAGGAAUAAGAGAGCUACAUUCUGCAGUCGACAGACCCGAGAAUGUCAUUUCGUUUACAAGUUUUGCUGCGAUGGACGCGAGGGUACCGUACGUGGCGAGGCACAUACCGUUUUACUCUGCUAUUUUGGGACCGCUCAGCUUGGCAGUGGAUGUUGUUUACCUUCUCGAUUCUUCCCACUCCGUCACACCGCAGCAUUACAGCGACCAAAAGACGUUCGUAAAACAGUUGUCCCGCUAUUUAAACACAAUGCCUGCUCGCACCAGAGGCGCUGUCAUAACGUAUGGUUCCACGGCGACCGUGAUUACAAAGUUCGGCGACACAAGCACAACAGACGAAUUCCACAGCGCCAUCAACAACGCGCCAAAGGUAGGCGGACCGCGAAGAAUGGACCGCGCUAUCGACUCAGCGCGAAACGUUUUUGCCGAGGCACGGCCGGCUGUACCUAAGGUUGUUAUUCUUUUCACUACUGGAAAUCAACCAGGUGGGAUUCAGACGGGAGUCCUAGACACGUCUUUCCAAAGGCUUUACGAUCUUGGAGCCCGCUUGUAUGCAGUAACCAUCAGUUCAGAAUUUAUUAUAUUGCCUCUGAGGGGCUCUGCUGGAUCAGAUUGGUUCCCGGUGAGAUCUUUCACAAGUCUGCCUGUCUAUGUGGUCCCCCUGGCUAGACAUGUGUCUUAUGAUACAGCUGCUCUCGGUCCUUACGACUUUGUUGCUGACGUGAUCUUUAUGUUGGACUCCUCGUCACGCGUCACGCCACAAGACUACGUGAAGGAAAAGGAAUUAGUCAAGUUAAUAGCAAGGUACCUCAAUAUCGCGCCGGGAAAGUCUCGAGGCUCUGUUAUUGUUUUCAGCACUGAUGCAAAUCCUCUCUUGCCCUUUGAUGGCUACUCGAGCAUGUCCGAAUUUAAUACAGUCAUUGACAAAGCCCCGCAGCUGAGCGGAAAGAGAAGAAUUGACCGUGCAUUUGGUGCUGCCGCGACUUUGUUUCAAAACGCUAGACCAUCUGUUCGUAAGGUUGCAAUACUACUCACUGGUGGAAGACAAUCUCCCGAUGGAGGGUCCUUGGAAGACGCUGUGCAGCUGAUGAGAAACCGUGACGUCACAACGUACGUCAUAUCUAUAGGCGAUAGAUCUGAUGUUCCCGUCCAGAGACCAGAGGAUCUGUUCUACUUGCCGUCAUAUAGUGAUCUCCCGCGACAAGUGCAAUCCAUUGCAAAGAAUAUGACAAAACCAAGAGGUAAUCAAGCGACAGUGACAACACCAGCACCGACAACGCCAUCGCCAACUGCUGCUACAGAUCCGUGCAAGACUGAGGGCUGCAAUGCUCCUCACAAUAUCGGCUGCCGAGUAGUGAAUAACACGGCACAAUGUAUUUGUCCUACUUGUCCCAACAUAUUAAGGCCGGUAUGUACGUCUGAUCAUGUGCAGGAUCUGAGCGAGUGUCAUAUGAAAAGACAAGCCUGUGAGUUGAAUAUCGAUGUUGCUGUUGAAAAGCGAGGACCCUGCGAUAAAGAAUGUCGCAGCGUUGUGGACAUCGCUUUUAUUAUUGAUUCUUCUGGCAGUAUUGGGAGAAGCAACUGGCAGCGAAUGAAACGAUUUCUUAAAGCACUGGUCAGCAAACUGGACGUUAGCGACUCUGGUACACAUAUAGCAGCCGUGGCGUACAGUGGCAAUCCGGAAGUAGUGAUGAGGUUCAGUAAUUUUCAGGGUGUCGACCAGGUUAACCGAUUGUUUGAUGAAAUGCGUUGGCAGCGUGGCUUUACCUACACAGACAAAGCACUUCUUCUUGCAGACAGAGACCUUUUCCAGACCACUAACGGGAUGAGACCAGCCGUGCCGAAGUUGGCCUUUGUGAUCACAGACGGGAAGCAAACCACAACAGGAAACUACACCAGACUUUCGGAAGCCUCCCAAGGAAUUAAAAACAAGGGGAUCACUGUGUAUGUUCUUGGUGUUGGCAAUGGAGUAGAUCGAGCAGAGCUGGAGGAGAUCGCAUCCAGGUCAGACUACGUCAGUGUAACUCCAUCAUUUCAAGAUCUCCUAUCCAUCUCUUCGGGGAUAAGACAGCUAUUUUGUGCCGGUGAGUGUUUGCAUGCACGACAUGAAUACCCGGGGGAGAUUCUUAUACAAAAAGGAGAGCGGUGCUUGACGUGCAGUUUUGGUACCUCUUAGUGUGUUUAGUCUAAAAAGGUCCACAGCAGAAGUGUUUGCGGUACCUUUU